GCUUUAAGUACCACACAAACCCUGAUUCUCCGGAGCUGGUUCCGAGUUUUCACUCUUUUUUUUUAUACAUAUAUAUUUGAGCCCUCGUAGCGUGGAAGAUGUCCCUCCUGAAGCGUUGUUCGAGUCCGGCUGUUUUGAAGCGAGUGCCCGGAGCAUCUUGUGCUUCAUGUUUUUCUGCUGAUGUGUUGUGCUGAACAUGCUGUGAUCAAACCGUUGUAAGAUGGAUCCCGAGGAGGUCGAGCUGCAUAAUGAUUACCGUUACCGUAACUAUGCGGCGGUCAUCGAGAAAGCACUGCGAAACUUUGAGUCCUCCAGUGAAUGGGCUGAUCUCAUCUCCUCCUUGGGCAAGCUCAAUAAGGCUCUGCAGAGCAACCUUCGCUAUUCACUCUUACCCAAGAGGCUGAUCAUAGGGAAGCGUUUGGCUCAGUGCCUGCACCCAGCGCUGCCCAGCGGAGUGCACCUCAAGGCUCUGGAGACGUACGAGGUCAUCUUCAAAAUCAUCGGAACAAAAUGGCUGGCCAAGGAUCUGUUCAUUUACAGCUCAGGACUGUUUCCACUGCUGGGCCAUGCAGCCAUGGCAGUAAAGCCUGUGCUGCUGACUCUGUAUGAGCGUUACUAUCUCCCGCUGCAGAGGGCUUUGCUGCCCAGUCUGCAGGCCUUCAUAACUGGACUCUUACCAGGUCUGGAGGAAGGUUUGGAGGUCUAUGACAGGACUGAUGCUCUGCUGGUCAAGUUGUCUCUGUUAGUGGGUCAGCAGGUGUUCUACGGAGCCCUGUGGGGCAGCAUGUUGGUCACUCCCAUGGUGCGGCUGCCUGCCUCUGUUUUUAUCGUAACACACUUUGACCGUAUGGCACCACUGAGUCAACAAACGCACAUGUUGGGCUACAGCCACUGUGGSGUGAUGAAGUCAGUCUGCCUGUCCCUACAAGAUUCAAACGUCUUGGUGCAGAGGAAYAUGCUCGAAGUCCAGCUCUACUUUUUCCCCUUUGCCACAUGUUUGGAUCCAGCAGAUCCCAGUGUUGCUUUGAGUGUGGACGACAUGAUCACCGUGGUGUCUGCAGCUUUACUCACGCUGCUCAGAAGAGACAUGUCCCUCAACAGGCGCCUCUACGCCUGGCUCCUAGGUACAGACAUAAAAGGGGGAAUGGUGGCACCGCACCCCACCCUCUCUGCCACCAUAGAGGAGCACACGUCAUUCUACUUCGACACCUAUUCCAAAGAUUUUCUUGUGAAGGCUCUGAUUAAUAUUCUCAAACAAAAGGAGGCAGAUGGUGAUCCAGAAAACGUGAUCCGCUACCUCAAACCCUUUCGCAUUAUUAUCAGCCUGCUUGACAAACCUGAGAUAGGUCCCCCCGUCUUGAGCUGUGUGUUGUUGGAGGUGGUCCGAGCUUUUCGCCGUUACUGUCUGGAGGUGCUCGAGGAGGAAAACCCUCCCAGCUCAAAGCUGUCAGGCAACCAGCUUUCUAGUAAGGUGAAAGAGAGUAAGAAUGCAUCUGAGAUAAUAAAGACGAUGAACAUGCUGGUGAGCUCCAUGAACAGUGAAUACCUGUGGGAGUACAUGACUCAGCGCUUCUGCUCAUCCCUCAGCAGUGAAAACUCUGAUCCACCUCCUGAGCAGGACUACUGUGAUCCGGCUCCAUCUGUCACAGAAAUGUCCAACCUCAUAAUUUUCCUGCUCGACGUUCUUCCUCUGGAGCUCCAUGCUGACAUCCAGUCCCAUUUCCUACCUGAUAUGCUUGACACCAUGCUGCAGGCACUGUGUCGCCACAUGGUCUCUGUUUGUCUUGAAGAUGUCACACAGGGGCUGCGUGCCUGCUUCAAAGUUCUGAGUAAAAUCCAGAUGCCCGUGGCUUACAUGGAAGUUGAAGCUGCAGAGCACACUGAGGAGCUAGAGUUACAGGUUCCUGAGGAGAAAACCACAAAAACGCAGGAUUUACAGAAUGGAGGAGAGAAAGAUAGCAGUGUUAAUGGGUAUCAAGAAGAUGACCAAGAGAGGCGAGACGGAGGAGGGGAAGAAGAGGCAGCAAAUGGUGUUUACCCAGCUCUGAGGUCCGAGGACAGUGGAUUGGGCAUCAGCGCCUCACCCUCAGAGCAGCAUCUCUCCCUGGAAGUGACGGCAGGCGCUGAGCAACACAGAAACAGCAAAACCAGUGAKGGGGUGUGGAGAAGGGGAGGCGGUGUGGACACCAUGACGCAGUGUCUGCAGGACAUCCUCGCCUUCAUCACCACCAGAUGCUUGAUGGUGCAGGUAGAAGAUGUCAGGGGACCAGAWCCAGAACCCCAACAUGACUUAAGUCCGACCUCUGCGGAUCAGAAGCUUUUGUUAGGWAGGCGUGAAAUUAAAGACAAACUCACUGAACUGUUUACACAGAAUAAACGCAAAGCUCGCGCCUCCUCUGAAGAAGCUCAGCUCUCAUCAUCCCCCACUGAAAAGAAGAAGGACCUUGUACCUGCAAGGUGCUUGGACUGGACAGCUGGUUACAUGCCCCGGGGGAAGGCUGAGAUCACCGAGGCCUGCAGACAGGCCUUCAUCGCCACCUGCCACCUGCUGCUGGAGAGCACCACCUUCCCUGUUUACCUCAGUGAGGACGAGAUGCUUGCUCUGCACACAGACAUGUUUGGUAACACAGGCAGUGAYGUGGACAGCUUACCUGUGUGGCUCAGGUCCUUGAUGAUUCUGUGCUGCAUGUCCAGGGACCACAACAUCCAGCACACCGCACUGGCUUCCCUGUUGGAGCUCAUUAACCACUCCCAGUCCUUAGCACUGGUCAUUCAGGACAAACACAAACGAUACCGGAGCUCUAAGUCCAACCCACUWAGUGGGCGGCUGCAGAUGGCCACUGUGCCACCCAUCUACCCGGUUCUGCUUUGUGCCAUAGAGGACAGCACAGAUUUUUAUCAGAGAGUGUCCAAGKUACUGUGGAGUCAGCUGGACACAGAGCAGCGAGAGCAGCACGUUUCCUGUGUGGAUCUGUUUUACAGGCUACACUGUUUGGCUCCAUCAGCAUCCAUCUGUGAAGACAUCAUUUGUCAGGCACUSUUGCACAAAGACAAGGCAGAGAGGCUGGAAGCUCUACACCGUUUCACAGUGCUGUGGCACCUGACCCGAGAAAUUCAGAGCAACAGAACCAUGUCUCUCUGCCGCUCCUUUGACCGGUCUCUGUGUGUUGUGGUGGACAGCCUGAGCUCCACUGACGGAUCGAUAAGUGCAGCAGCUCACCGCUGGUUGGUUAGAGCUUUGUCUCUCAAUGAUGUCAUUCGAAUCCUGGAGCCAAUUCUGUUGCUGCUGCUCCAUCCAUCAACUCAGCGCUGCUCCAUUCAGAGCAUCAAACAAAACAUGACCACUGGUAACCUGAAGGAGUCAAACAGAAGUCGGAGUUCAACCAAAACUUCUCGUACAUCCACCGACAAUGUCUCGACGGAUGUCACUACUUUAAGUAUCCUGAAUGUUGUGGACCGGGAAGCUCUGUGGGCUGAGCUGGACGGCGGUCCAGAACUGGCAAAGCCACCAGACGAUCUAGUGAUGUCAAGAAGCGAGAGUGAGGAGACAGAAGAAGAGGAGGAUCAGGAGGAAGGGGAAGAGGAGGAGCCUGAGAGUGAACACACGGAGUCGGCUGACACCAGUGGCGCCCAAGUUUCCACUGAGAACUCCAGUUCAGGCUCUGCUCUGCCCAGCAGUUUUGAGGAGGGAGGGCUGGUGAACGGCCUGCGGAGGGUAGAGUCCGAGCACACGCAAGCGUCUGAAUCGCUGUCCAGUGAAGAUGAGGAGGAUUUGGAGCUGGAGGCUACAGCAAAGUCUCGUCAGUUAGAGCAGGAGCGUAAAAAGAGAGAAGCCAUCGACUCCCUGUUCCGUCAUGUCCUGCUGUACCCGGCGGCAGGUGGCUGGCGCCAUCUCCUCCAGGGUUUGGCACUGCUGGACAGCCUGCUGAGGAGCAGCGCCGAGUGCCAUCUGGUGGAUGCACUGUGCUCCACGUCAUUGGACACGAGCUCCGCUGCACAUCUAAACCUGAUCUCAAACCUGCUGCAGCGUCACCAGCAGGCUCAGGAUGGCAAGGGGUUCUACGGCGGCCUGCUUUCUCCCACGUCCUCCCCAUCCGUACCCCCAUCCCUGCUCAUUGAACUCCUGGUGUCUCUCUGCCUCCGGUUCCUGCGCUCUCAUUACCCUUCCUAUCUGAGCCCAACUCCUCUGGACCUGCAGGGGAACAGGGAGGYGCAGGUGAAGAGCGUAGCAGUGCUGACUCGGAUAGUGAAUCAGCUCGGCUGCACGGCACAAAGACAGGAAGGCAGCAGAGCCAGUCUGGAGUCGAUGCACAAACUCCUCUCAGGAUGUAAAGUGCAGCAAAAUGCACUACUUUCUCUCUCUGCAUCUAUGUACAUCAGCCAAAGAGGAGCAGAGAAAAGAUCAGGAGCUGAACUCGAUGUUCAAGGAGGUCUAUCGGAGGAGAGUCUGCUCUGUUUGGGCACAGGUGGGGGACAGGAGCAGUGCCCCUUACAAAUAGAACUACURAAAUUGCUGCAGGCUCUCAUAGUGCUUGAGUACCACGUGUGGCCUGGUGGCGUUGUCUCCGCAGCUGGCGGAGCAAACGGCCAGCCUGGCGAUUCGCGUGAAUCCUCUCCUGCAGCCACCCCGCUCGCUCGCGAGUGGCAAACCGCUGUGCUUUUCCAGCAGUCCAUCAAAGCGGCCCAGUACGUGCCGAGUCACCCCAUCACAGCGCAGGGGAUGUUUGUUUCUGCUGCAGCGAGAGCUCUGCAGCCUCAGUACGGGUACGCCAUGCACCCCCACUGGGUGUCGCUGCUGUGCUCCUCCCUGCCGUACCUGGGCCGCUCGUUGGGGAUCAUCGUGGCUCCGCUGAUCAAUCAGAUCUGCAGGAACCUGGAUGAGCUGGUGAAGCUGCAUGAGCAUGACGGAGGGAAGACAAACCAGAGUGUGAUUGGCAAGAGGGAAAACAUUGCUCCUGACUAUCCGUUGACUCUCCUCGAAGGCCUAACCAGCAUCACACACUUCUGUCUUUUGGACAACAAGAAGUCUCUAGUCACAAGCGAUCCUGUGGACGUCCGAAAUGCACGCAACGCUGUGCUGGAGACGCUGCCACACAUGCUCAGUAGCAUGGCGUUGCUUUGGGGUGUGGUCACAAAGGAGGAGGGUCAGAGGCGAGCGUCUGACUCCGCCCAGAGCAGCAGACACACUUCUACCUCUGUUUAUUUCAAAUGCACCAAGAUUUUGCGACAGAGGAUACUGGAGUUUCUGCUCCCUCUAACUGGACAUUAUGGGGUUCAGCUGAUGGCUUCAGUGGGAGUAGUGUGGAACAGCAGAAGGAGCAAAAGGAGACAUAAAAACAAAGUUCUGCUCGUGGCCAGCGAGUCUCGUCUGGUCAUCGUGGAGCUGGUGAAGUCACUCAACACUUUGAACACAGAAAAUAUCUUACAGCUGGUCAAAGAGGUCGUGAAGAGACCGCAUCAGAUCAGAGGAGAGCAGAAGUCAGCACUGGUUGAUAUUCCCGUGUUGCAGUUCAGCUAUGCUUACAUUCAGAGCAUUCCAGCACAGGCUCUGCAGGAAAAUGUUGCUCCUCUCUUGGGUCUCCUGCGGGAGUCUGUUCAGCUGAACAUGGCCCCUCCUGGACAUUUCCUACUUCUGGGAAUCCUGAAUGACUUUGUCAAUCGGCUGCCCAACCUGGACAGUAAGAAGGACACUAAAGAUCUGCAGGAGGUGACUCAGAAGAUCCUUGAGGCCGUGAGUGGAAUUGCAGGCUCCUCUCUGGAGCAAACCAGCUGGCUCAGCCGCAGCCUAGAGGUCAAAGUUCAGCCGCAAGUGUGCCCAGAGGCAGAGGAGCCAGAUGACGCUGACGUGGAAGGGGAUCACUGUGAGUCAGUAACUCAAGCUAACGCCAUGGUGUCCUCCUCUGCGCCCUCAGUUUACAGUGUGCAGGCUCUGAAACUGCUUGCUGAGAUCUUGGCACCCCUCCUGGACAUGGUGUAUCGCAGUGAUGAGAAGGAAAAAGCCGUUCCUCUCAUUUCACGUCUCCUCUACUAUGUUUUCCCCUACCUCAAGAAUCACAGUGCCUACAAUAUGCCCAGCUUUGAUGCAGGUGCUCAGUUGCUGAGCAGUCUCAGUGGUUAUGCUUACACCAAAAGAGCCUGGAAGAAGGAGGUCUUUGAGCUCUUCAUGGACCCACUCUUCUUCACUAUGGAUGCCUCCUGUGCACACAAUUGGAAAUCUAUUAUUGACCACCUGCUGACUCACGAGAAGACCAUGUUUAAAGACUUGUUGGGCAUGCAGAGCAGCUCCUUAAAACUCUUCUCUAGUGCUGACCAGAAGCCCAUGCUGCUGAAGCGCCAGGCGUUUUCAAUGUUCAGCGGCGAACUCGACCAGUAUCAYCUCUAUCUUCCUCUUAUUCAAGAGCGUCUCACAGAGGCUUUGCGUUCGAACUCGAGCCCUGCUGUUUUCGCCCAGAUGUUCCUGAUGUUUCGUGUUCUCCUGCUGCGGAUCUCGCCCCAGCACCUAACAUCCCUCUGGCCUAUAAUGGUCACAGAACUCAUACGCACUUUUGCACGUUUAGAGAAAUCUCUGCAGGCAGAAAAAGAUGUCUCAAAGCUGGCUAAGGUUGUCCGUGGAGCCCUUGACAGAAAUGGACCAGUGAACUUCUCACAGGCUGAAUUGGACAUGUACCUGUCAGCCUGCAAGUUUCUGGACACCUCCUUGGCUUUUCCUCCUGAGAAGAUGCCACUUUUUCAGAUGUAUCGCUGGGCGUUUGUUCCUGAGGUGGAUGUGAACCGCUACGGCGGUCCGGAGAGUACACUGAUUGAAGGAGAACAGGAGUGCACGCCUCAUGUUGUCAGAGUACUGGAAGGGAUUCAGCAGCGCUAUGGGGCUCUGAAUGGGCUGAGCGAGGAAUCCUCAACGGAACAUUUGGAGUUCCCCCUCCUCACUCAGCGCUCACUGUCCUCCAUCACCCAGCUGCUGCCUUUCCUGCACACCCUUUGCUGCUCUUUCCAGGCCCCUCCCCCCUCCUGGUGCCAGCCUGAUGCCCACUUUCCUGUAGCAGCCUACCCUGCAGCCAGCUCACACGCGGUCCUAAGAAAACUGGAGGAUAUCAUUGAAAACGAGUUUUUAGACCCCAUGGAGAGUUAAAAACUGCAUGUUUUAACCUACAGACAUGCAAGGAAAAAUAACUAAAUAGGCACAGCUAGUGAUUAUCUUAUAUUGUGAACUGGCAUAAGAGGAAAUAUUUGAAAAGCUGCUUUUUAAUGUUUUAAUAUUUCCAUUCUCCGUUUGAGUAUACACUGUAAUAGCAAAGCGAUUAAUGAAAAUUACUUGUUCAUUUUUUUAUCUGAGAAAUUGAAAAUUAUCGGGAUUUUUUUUUCACCAGAAUUUGUCAUUACAGCUUCAAAUUAUUUACCUUCUGCAUUUAGUAUCAGUCAAUGAACACAGUCAGAAAUACCAAUUUAAAGUGUACAACACUUCUAUUGUUUUAAAAAGCGUUCACCUUAUAAUCAUUAUAUCAGACUGUAAAGAACCUAACUCUGCAACUACUUUCCAGAAUCUGUAUUUCAAAGGUGCAAAUGCCUGUCUAACUUUUAAGAUUGUAAAAUAUAAACAUCUUGUUAAAGAUUUAGAAUAACGUAACUCUUUUUGGUAAGCUAUUGAAUGUUCUUUUGUCUAUAGCGGGACAGAUCUGAAGUAUUUGGUGUGCCUCAGUAUAACAUGCUUGCCAGUUUAUGGUGUUUUUAAGGGAAAUUAGCUUUUCCUUGUUGUUCCUAAUUAGUUUUUGCAGCUGCACAAUGUCCUUUUAUUUUCCGCAUAUCUGAAUGUUUGUGUAACUUAUUUGGGAUGUUUAAAGGACCAUGUCAAGUUUUGACACACGACAGGAAAAGAAAAAAGGGAAAACUUAACUUGUCAGAAAAUUUAACUUGUCAGAAAAAUACCUCUUACCAUCAUGUGAAAGGUUUCAAUGACUUUUCUCAAUAAAGAAAUCGACUGAGAACCAAACUCA